UAUUACAAUUUACAUGUCACAAUCUUUUUAUCCUCGAUGAAUAGGAAUUUUUAAGCAUUAUGUUGCUAUUAAUAAAUUACUUUUAGAUUUUUAAUUGAAAAAUAAUUAGGCGACCGAUUAAAUAAUUUUAUGAUUUUAAUAUGUAUCGUUCUUUUUCUUAAAUUAUUUGUAUCGAUUAAAUUUGAAUAAUAUAGUUCAAUGAAGUAAAAUGAUAUAAACAAUGCCAUCAUUUAGACAAAAAUUUUCUGGUUUCUUUCGUCAGUUCUCUGCACCUUCAGAGUCGAGGAAUGAUGAAAAUGCUUCUAAUCGGUUUAUAAAAAAGUAUUUGAAUGGAAAUGAAAUUAAUAAACAUGUUCCAGUUAUAUUACAUGGUAGAACCCCUCAGGAAGUACCUCCACAUGCAUUAGGUCAGAUAAUUAACUAUGAAGUAAUUGCAUCGUUAACUGGACCCAAUGGAGGUCUUCAAUCUGUUAAUCAAACAGAAAAAAAUUUAUCUGUUAGUGACCCAGAAAUUAAUUUUAUUGAUAAUAUUGAUGGAGAGUGUGAUGAAUAUAAUGAAGAAAAAAAGAGGUCUUUAUCAAAUAAUAUAAAUACUGAUGAAAAAAAUAAUUCAGAAGUGAAACUAAAUAUACUAAGAAAGCUGAAAAGCCAUUUAGUUGCUGGUGUGGAAAAUUGGAAUAAUCCUACUUCAAAUGCAUAUGGAGCCAGUUGUUCCUUGUAUGAAGUGCAUCCUAUAACACAUCGCCAUACUGGAGAUCCAAUUGCCGAUUGUUUUGCUAUAGUAACAAGAGCAAAUUCAGCUAUCAUGGUGUUAGCUGAUGGUGUAAAUUGGGGUGUAAAAUCUAGAACAGCAGCAAGAUCAGCAGUUCAUGGUUGUGUAGAUUAUUUGAAUAAAACAUUGUAUCCUAAUACAAAACAAUCGCCUAAGAGUACUACAGACGUUCUUCUAACAUUACUCAGAUCAUUCCAUGCAGCUCACAAUAUGAUCUUACAAGAAGAAGGAACCUUAACAACACUUACAGCAGUUGUUGUGUUUCCUUCUGUAGUUGACAAUCAAUUCAUUGCUUGUUGUUGUAAUGUUGGUGAUAGUUUAGGCUAUGUUUAUAGUCCAAAAUAUGGAGUUAGAGAGUUGACUCAAGGAUCACAUGACAUUCAUAGAAUGAGAGAUAUGAGAGAUGUUAUGGGAGCUCUAGGCCCUGUUGAUGGACAUAAUCCAGAAUUGUCAAAUUUAACCUUAUCCAUAACACAAAUUGAUCUAGGGGAUAUAGUUUUUAUUACUUCUGAUGGUGUUUCUGACAAUUUAGACCCUGUUGUAGGACAUUUUACAGGGCUACCUAAUGUGGAAGCUUAUCAAAGACACAAACUAUCACUUUUGAGAACUGAAGAUUUAAUUAGAAAUGGAGUAUCUGGUAAAGGACCUGCAGUUGAUACCCCUAAAGAAUUGGUUACCUUAUUAUUAGAUUUUGUUACAAGACUUACUGCAGCUAAACGACGCAUACUUGAAGAUAUAGAAAUAUAUGCAGAUGUAAAUGGUAAACCAUUAGCACAAGGAGAAGUUAGACAAAAAAGAAAAGAUAUUAUUAAAAAGUCAUUUGGUGUACCAGGUAAGUUAGAUCAUGCUACAGUCGUUGCAUACAAAGUGACUUCAGAAGUAUAGUCUACCAUGUGAAUUAAAAUUUAUUUAUGUUUUAUUAGUUUUAAUGUUAUUUUUAUAAUAUUAUUUAUUAAAAUGUCAUUCGUUAGUCUAUAUAUAGUAUUUUUUAACUGUAACUAACA